GGAUACGGAAAACUCAUGACACUAUGGGUUGUCAAAUCCUUAUUGCCUCAAUUGAUAUCGUAGCGGACAGCAAGCAAUUUCUUAUUUUCUGAGAGAGUUUAAAGAAUUAUUCAGUUUAAUACCAGGAUCGCGGAUGUUGGAAAAUUUUGACAUGAGUUAUCGAGUGCUGUGUUGACAGUGUGUUUCCCUCCUUGAAGUGUGGGUUUAAACUAGCAGCAAAAUAGAGGUGCAAAGACACGGGUGUUUCCUUUUGUCAAGCUUGAAAUCUGCUGUAACCAAGAUUUUUCAGAAGCAGACCUCUAAGCUUUUCCUUUGUCCUGAACGGAAAAUACCGAAUCGCGAACAAAAUACUAAUUAAAGUGACCUGUUGGAUAUCCACGGAGGCGUAUUACGUAAUAACUGGGAAAAAUCAACUGUGCUUCGGUUGUGUUCCACCGUAACAGUUAAAAACGGAGAUUGCUUGAAGGGUGACACCCAUAACUGCCUCGAACACAACAUGACGACUUCAGAUGAGGCAUCUGACUGCAAACUCCCACUCGGAUUCACUGGCGAGGUCUUGGCAAUGGUUUCGUACACCUCGCUUGGUAUUAUCGGAUCGUUGGGAAACAUCUUCGUGAUUCUUGCUAUCUACCGUACACCAACUUUAAGGAACGUGUGCGGAAUUUUAAUAGCAAAUGUCGCUGUGUCUGAUCUGAUAAUGACAGCAGUAGUAAUGCCUCUUGUAGUGUUUGUCCUAAUUCAGGGGUUUUUGGAUAAGUGCAUAUAUCAAACUCCAAUUUUUGUUGUCUUGAUAAUAGCACUUUUCUCUGCCGGUUCAUCGCUUCUGACUCUAACCAACCUCAGUGUGGAUCGCUGCUUUGCGAUCUGUCGCCCGAUGAAGCACAAAACGAUCGUAACUUUAACAAAAGCAAAGAUAUUAAUUGCAAAAACGUGGAUUGAGUCCUUGAUACUCCCUAUUUUAGAGACGUUCUACCGUGAAUCGACCAUCGCAAAGUUCCUUCAGACCAUUGGAGUGGUCUACUGUUAUUCCAUCAUAGUCAUAAGCGGUAUUUUUACGAUCAGGAAUGUUCGCGCCAAUUCAAGACAAAUAAGAUCACUACAUCAAGAUCAAGGAGCGUCUCGCCUCACUGCAGAUUUGACCCAGAGGAACAAACAAGUCGCCAAGACGAUCGCACUUGUCGUGUUCCUCUUCACCUUAUGUUGGAUCCCAAUCGCGUUUAUCAUAAGUAUUGAGAUCGAUGCAGAUAGAAAUGGCAGAAUCUAUUUCUGGUUUGCUACACUGGGGCUCGCUAACUCAACAGUAAACCCGUGGAUUUACUUCUAUCGGCAGCCAAACUACCGCAAAGCGCUCAAAUCGUUGCUCGGAUGCAAACAAGGCACAUCUAACGCUGUCGUGCAAGUCCAAAAUCGCAAUGCAACACAAGGGACUAAAUUGACCAGGUGAAAGAAAAGGCGGUGCCUCGUUUAUAC